CGCGUCUUGUCUCAGAUACUGAAGUUUCUCCCCAGUGCUUUACUGCUACUAUUUCCCGCGUUGGACUCUGGCACAUUAGAAUUGAGAGAAUUUAUCACUGUCCACCUUUGGCGAUCGACGACGAAUUGGCCACUCCAGGCUCCAGCAUCCAUGGCGCCUGUUUUCGUUCGCCGACUCGAGAAUCCGACUGAGGAUGAAAUUGAGCGAUGUGCAUCCGUCCUCCUUGCCGCAUUCAAUUCCCUCAACGAUGUCUUCUCGCAUAGUCUGACUGGAGGCAACCGAGAUCUAGACUUCGAUAUCAACGUCGCCCCAGUCCGAGCGGCUCUGAUCGCGGGCCAAGUUUGGGUAGCGGGGUUCGAUGCUGCUGUAUCAGAUAUCUGCGCUGUCGCGUUAUGGUUUGGGCCGGGAGCGGAAUACUUGGCAACCGAGGAACAGCGGGAGGCCGGCUGGAAUCAGCUGCAAGCCAAGUUCACGCCGGAAUUGAAACAGUGGUGGUCCUAUUUCAUCCCGCGAUUCGGACAGUGGUGCGAUGCUUCUCUGGGACCAGGAGUCAAGCUCCGGUCAUGGCGUCUUAACAGUCUGGGCACGCUUCCCGAACACCAUGGUCAAGGUCUCGGCGCUGCGCUUAUCCAAGCUAUCGAAAUCAAGGCCAAGGCGGACAAUGUCAUGAUGGUUCUGGAGACGACCACAGACGAGAAUAUUCGUUUCUACCAAAACCGUGGAUUCCUGGUGCGAGGAGAGCCUCUGAGUAUUCUUGGCUCAGGUGGAGAGACGACGUUCACGUGUCUCUCGAAAUCCGUUACCUAGAAGCAUUUAUCAAUGGAUAAACGCCAGUUCUGUUGAAUAUCGGGGGUGAUGACCUGAUGAGGCCUGCCUUGUAUACAUUUGGAUAUGCCUCUGUCAUUAUCCUUGGUUUCGGCGUCAAGAAAACCGCGAACAGUGCCCUUUUC